GUCACGCGCGCAGGAAGCGGCGCGGGCGCGGCGCGGCGAUGGGGACCUCCCUGGACAUCAAGAUCAAAAGGGCGAACAAGGUGUACCACGCCGGGGAGGUGCUCUCGGGCGUGGUGCUCAUCUCCGGGAAGGACUCGGUCCAGCACCAGGGUGUCUCCCUGACUGUGGAAGGGACCGUGAGCUUGCAGCUCAGCGCCAAAAGCGUGGGCGUCUUCGAGGCCUUCUACAACUCAGUUAAGCCAAUCCAGAUUAUCAACAGCACCAUCGAAAUGGUGAAGCCAGGAAAGUUUCCCAGUGGCAAAACAGAAAUCCCUUUUGAGUUUCCUCUGCACGUGAAGGGAAACAAGGUCCUGUACGAGACGUACCACGGCGUGUUCGUCAACAUCCAGUACACCCUGCGCUGUGACAUGCGGCGGUCCCUGUUGGCCAAGGACCUGACCAAGACUUGUGAGUUCAUCGUGCACUCUGCUCCUCAGAAGGGGAAACUGACUCCGAGUCCCGUGGACUUCACCAUCACCCCGGAAACCCUACAGAACGUCAAAGAGAGAGCCUUGCUCCCCAAGUUUCUCAUCCGAGGACAUCUCAACUCGACCAACUGUGUGAUCACGCAGCCCCUGACCGGGGAGCUGGUGGUAGAGAGCUCGGAGGCCGCCAUCCGGAGUAUAGAGCUGCAGCUGGUCCGCGUGGAGACCUGUGGGUGCGCGGAGGGGUACGCUCGCGAUGCCACAGAGAUCCAGAACAUUCAGAUCGCCGAUGGGGAUGUGUGUCGGAGCCUCUCCAUCCCCAUAUACAUGGUUUUCCCCCGGCUGUUCACCUGCCCCACGCUGGAGACCACCAACUUCAAAGUAGAAUUCGAGGUGAACGUCGUCGUGCUGCUCCACGCCGACCACCUCAUCACGGAGAACUUCCCGCUGAAGCUCUGCAGGGUCUAGCCCAGGCCGGACGGGACCGCGAGCACAGCCGGGCCUGCCCUCCGGAUCAUUCUGUAUCAGAAGCCUCCCUCCUCGGACGGCCGCUCCUCCUCACUCCCAGGAGGCCUCCGCCUGCAGCAGCACCUCUGACCCGACCCCUUUGAAUCCUCAGGGUUCUGGAGGUCACUGGCAAGAUCACUUCCCAGAACGCAGGCGCUGCUGGCUCUUGACCCGCGCACGCCUUUUCCGACUUGGUGGCGUGGUUGUCGCAGCAAUUUGAGCAUCUCUGGAAAGUGGUAUCUGGGGACGGAAGGAAACUGCCCCUGGUGGGCACAGCAGGGCCCCCAGCCAAGGGCCCCACGGGACAGUGAGUCGCGGCCCGCAGAGACGCGAGGACGGCCUCCGAGGCAGCUGCGGGGUGUGUCUGGGGGGGGCCUGUAGCCUUUUUCUACUCAGUUCCAUAGUUCUUUUCUAACAUUUUUCACGAUAACUUCAAGACUUUCAGGAAACCGGAAAAAAAGUGUCUGAGUUGGGUGCUGGUGGCUGGCGUGGGGUUUCUGAAGCCUCGGGAAUUGGUGCAGAAUCCACGUUUCCAGAAUAAAUUCAAACGCAAGGUUACGCAGGGAAGA